CGGCAUCAGAAUUAGCAGUUCGAGCAAAGCGCGAGAUCAACGUGGAUGCAAUUCGGCAGCGCGUGGAACAGCUAAUGCGCACGGGGAACAUCCCCGAUGCCGUCGUCAAGGCCCUCGGCUCACUGGACCAAGUGAUGCAGAUUCUGAGCUGCUUGCCUACUAGAUGUACCGGGAAUUGUUGCGCGAGUCCUGAUUUCUGCGCCAUUCCACAGUUAGCUUCGGGGUUGGUAAGAAACCCGAGGGCAAAGUUCACCUUCUGUAAGAACCCUUGGAAGAUCCGCAUUGAUCUGGACGCCGACUUUCGACUUAGCGGCAUUGCAAGACUAUUGAAAAUCAAACUAAAGCCUAUCGAGAUACCCAUCGACAACAGAGAGACUGAGGGCGUAUUAAAGAUGCAGUCGACCACAGAGGUCGCCUCUGCUGCCGUCAGAGUCAUCGGACUGCGCGUAGCCAAAGCUAAACUGAAGUUCGAUCUUCUCCUUAGAUACGACUGUACUAAACCACGAAACAACCCAUUGCAGCGAAACAG